CUGGGGGACAGCACUGGGGCCCGGGCAUCCAGGCGCCAAAGGACUGUUUGGAAAGCCGGGCAGCAGGACGCCCUGCUGGCAGCUUUCGCGGAGAACCCUUACCCAAGUUUCAUGGCCAGGCAGGACCUGGCCAGGGAACUGGGGCUGCCUGAGUCCCGCAUCCGCGUGUGGUUCCAGAACCGCCAAAAUCGCACCAGGGAGGUGCGCGGCCUCCAAGGCCCCGAGGGGUCGGCGGGACCAAGCGGGCUAGCGUCCCCUCAGCAACGACCCAAAGGGCCUGGUGCCAGGGCACGAGGUGGAAGAAGCAGACCCGCGGAGCGACGCACCAGGCGUCGCACUCGACUCAGCCCGGCACAGUUGAGGAUCCUGCUCCAGGCAUAUGAGGACAAAGCAAGCCCGAAAUAUGGUGCCAGGGUGAAGCUCGCCCAAGAGACCGGUUUGCCUGAGGACACCAUCUCCAUCUGGUUCCAAAACCGGAGACGCCAAAGGACUGUUUGGAAAGCCGGGCAGCAGGACGCCCUGCUGGCAGCUUUCGCGGAGAACCCUUACCCAAGUUUCACGGCCAGGCAGGAUCUGGCCAGGGAACUGGGGCUGCCUGAGUCCCGCAUCCGCGUGUGGUUCCAGAACCGCCGAAAUCGCACCAGGGAGGUGCGCGGCCUCCAAGGCCCCGAGGGGUCGGCGGGACCAAGCGGGCUAGCGUCCCCUCAGCAACGACCCAAAGGGCCUGGUGCCAGGGCACGAGGUGGAAGAAGCAGACCCGCGGAGCGACGCACCAGGCGUCGCACUCGACUCAGCCCGGCACAGUUGAGGAUCCUGCUCCACGCAUAUGAGGACAAAGCAAGCCCGAAAUAUGGUGCCAGGGUGAAGCUCGCCCAAGAGACCGGUUUGCCUGAGGACAACAUCUCCAUCUGGUUCCAAAACCGGAGA